AUGGCGGCCUCCUCAGAUGUAGAUUUAGAGAUGGAACCUUCUCUGAAGAAUAUUGUUGAACAGACAAGUUUAAAAUGGAUUUUUGUCGGUGGGAAAGGAGGUGUUGGGAAGACGACAACAAGCUGUUCUUUAUCAGUGCAGCUUGCCAAGGUACGUGAAACUGUGCUGAUCAUAUCGACAGAUCCAGCUCACAAUAUUUCCGAUGCCUUCAACCAGAAAUUCUCAAAGGUGCCAACGCUGGUCAAUGGUUUUCCAAACUUAUAUGCAAUGGAAAUAGAUCCAAAUUUGGGCUUCUCAGAACUCCCAGAAGAAUAUUUUGAGCAGCAAGAUGCUAUGCACAUGGGGAAGGCCAUGGUCGGGGAACUCCUGAGUGCAUUUCCUGGAAUCGACGAAGCUAUGAGUUUUGCUGAAGUCAUGAAGCUGGUAAAUGGGAUGAACUUUUCAUGUGUAGUGUUUGACACAGCCCCCACAGGUCACACCCUCCGUCUCUUGUCGUUUCCGUCCGUCAUAGAGAAGGGGCUCGGCAAGAUCCUCCGGCUCAAAAAUCAAGUGGGACCAUUUAUAUCACAGAUGGCUGGUAUGAUCGGAAUGCAGGAUAUGAACGCUGACGACAUGUCAACCAAACUCCAGGACAUGCUGACAACCAUUAGACACGUCAAUGCUCAGUUUAAAAAUGCAGAAGAGACGACGUUUGUAUGUGUGUGUAUAGCAGAAUUCCUAUCGCUAUACGAAACAGAAAGACUGGUGCAAGAGUUGACCAAGUAUGGAAUUGACACUCACAACGUCGUGGUCAACCAACUCUUAUUUUUAAAGAAGGGACAAGAACCGUGCAAACUGUGCAAAGCUCGGCACAAAAUACAGGCCAAGUAUUUAGACCAGAUUGCAGAUCUCUACGAGGACUUCAACGUGACAAAGUUACCUUUACUGGAAGAGGAAGUUCGAGGGGCAGCAAAGAUCACAGAAUUUUCCAGCAACCUCUUAGAACCGUUCGAUGUAGAUAAAUCGUAGCCUCAGGGUGGAAAUGAUUUUUAGCAGACCUCAAGUCGCCCUUCGUCUGUGGUCCAUCAUAAGUUGUCCCUCUGUCUGUUCGUAAACAGUCGGUGGUUUAGUUAUACUGAAAACUGAAGGGAUAUUUCUGAAAUUUCACAGUUAGGUUUCAAUUGGUCCCUUCUUAUGGCUGUUCAAUUUUGGAAUUGAUCAUAACUAGAAAAGAAAUAGCUGAAAUUAAUCAACACCACAUGUUGAUAGCAAAGAUAAUUAAGAGGAAAGAAGAGAACAAUACCAAAAAGAUCAAAGUUAAAUCAAGUUAAAAAAAAAAAAAUCAAAGAUGAAACAAUGGUGGGCGCCAAAGUGCCUCUUUGGUAGCUUGUUAUUUAUUGUAUAAGGUUAUCAAGUGAGAGGGGUUGGGAGUGGGGAGCUGGGCUUACACUGUCGAUAGUUAUUUACACUCAAUACAUAAUUACAUCAUGUCUCGGAAUCUUUGUGCUUUAUAGCACAUAUGGUUCUCAGUAAAUUCUAAAUUUUCAAAUAAUGAAAAAGUUAAACAGAUAGUUAACUAUAGACAUGUGUGGCCAUGACAUUUUUUAAAACUGUUGUACAUGUAAGACAGAUUGAUUUUGAUUGCCUCAACUAGGGUUCGAUCCCAUGACCCAUGGUGUACUAGACUAUUAGUCUAGUGAUUGAGCUAAACAGAAAUUCUCCCUAGCCGAGUCGGUAGGAAGUAGCUAAUAUCUUACCAGGGGGACUAAUUCCCUGGCCGAGUCAGUAGGAAGUAGCUAAUAUCUUACCAUGGGGGACUAAUUGCCUGGUCGAGUCGGUAGGAAGUAGUUAAUAUCUUACCAGGGGGACUAAUUCCUUGGCCGAGUCGGUAGGAAGUAGCUAAUAUCUUACCAGGGGGACUAAUUGCCUGGCCGAGUCAGUAGGAAGUAGCUAAUAUCUUACCAGGGGGACUAAUUCCCUGGUCGAGUCGGUAGGAAGUGGCUAAUAUCUUACCAGGGGGACUAAUUCCCUGGCCGAGUCGGUAGGAAGUAGCUAAUAUCUUACCAUGGGGGACUAAUUCCCUGGCCGAGUCGGUAGGAAGUAGCUAAUAUCUUACCAGGGGGACUAAUUCCCUGGCCGGGUCGGUAGGAAGUGGCUAAUAUCUUACCAGGGGGACUAAUUCCCUGGCCGAGUCAGUAGGAAGUAGCUAAUAUCUUACCAGGGGGACUAAUUCCCUGGUCGAGUCGGUAGGAAGUAGCUAAUAUCUUACCAGGAGGACUAAUUCCCUGGUCGAGUCGGUAGGAAGUAGUUAAUAUCUAACCAGGGGGACUAAUUGCCUGGCCGAGUCGGUAGGAAGUAGCUAAUAUCUUACCAGGGGGACUAAUUCCCUGGCCGAGUCGGUAGGAAGUAGCUAAUAUCUUACCAGGGGGACUAAUUCCCUGGUCGAGUCGGUAGGAAGUAGCUAAUAUCUUACCAGGGGGACUAAUUCCUUGGCCGAGUCGGUAGGAAGUAGCUAAUAUCUUACCAGGGGGACUAAUUGCCUGGCCGAGUCGGUAGGAAGUAGCUAAUAUCUUACCAGGGGGACUAAUUCCCUGGUCGAGUCGGUAGGAAGUAGCUAAUAUCUUACCAGGGGGACUAAUUCCCUGGCCGAGUAAGUAGGAAGUAGCUAAUAUCUUACCAGGGGGACCAAUUCCCUGGUCAAGUCGGUAGGAAGUAGCUAAUAUGUUACCAGGGGGACUAAUUCCCUGGUCAAGUCGGUAGGAAGUAGUUAAUAUCUUACCAUGGGGGACUAAUUCCUUGGCCGAGUCGGUAGGAAGUAGCUAAUAUCUUACCAGGGGGACUAAUUCCCUGGUCGAGUCGGUAGGAGGUAGCUAAUAUCUUACCAGGGGGACUAAUUCCCUGGUCGAGUCGGUAGGAAGUAGCUAGUAUCUUACCAGGGGGACUAAUUCCCUGGUCGAGUCGGUAGGAGGUAGCUAAUAUCUUACCAUGGGGGACUAAUUCCCUAGUCGAGUCGGUAGGAAGUAGCUAAUAUCUUACCAGGGAGACGAACUCCCCACCCACAGAAUUACUCAUCAAGUUUUACAGGUGUAACGAGAGAUUCUUGUUAAAGUAAAACUUGGUAAUUUUUAUCAAUUUUUCUUCCGAGUCUUGGUACAUUGCAAUGAAACAGGUAAUUAUUCUAAUGCUAUCUCUGAGGAUCUCUGGUUUACAAGACAAACCCUUUACUGAAUGUCUUCUUCCAAGUCUAGGCGGUAGGAUGCAACUUGUAUUUUAUCAUCGUUAUAAAAAAAAUAAUAAUAAUAAGAAAGCCUGUUCAGUGACCGAAUAACAUCACCACGGUCUACUAAUUUACAUCAGAUGCUGUGAAUAAUCUCCAUAUAUUUGGUCUACUAAAAACAGAUUCAUUAGUAUAAUGCCUUUGUUCUAUAUGGUCUUUCAUGUCUAAUUACAUGACAUCGUGUGGUAAACUUGUUAUGACAGAAAUAGGGAGUGAUUCAGUGCUUAAAUAGUCUAAUACCAUCCCCACUAUAUUUCAAAAGACAUUGAUAAUUCAAUUUUGUUUCAUAAAUGGAUAGAGAUAGAUUAACUGUUGCACAAUAUACCAAUGAUCGUUGAAUUCAGCAAGUGUACAUAAUGGUUACAGAAAUUUUGAAGCAAAUUCGUAGAAUACAUUUGUCAAAUUCUGUAAAUAAAUAAAAAAUUCAAAAAAAUAAAAACUUAUCUGCGCUCAUAUAUAAUACAUUGACUUGAAAGUUUGAUGGCUGUUCAUUAGCAUAUUCGGCAGUAAAAGACCAUGAAAGGUUUUUGAAUAUACACUGUACAUGUACCUUGAAUAGCCUUGUUGUAAUUAUGCAGUAUGUCUGUCAACUUUUUUAACUUCAUAGAUAUGACAAUUUCUGAUCCCCUACCACAAAAUAUUGUUUAUUAUAGUGAAAAUUAUUUACAGAUCAAUUCAUUGUUAAAGAUGACAUCUUUUUAUUCUAUAUUAUUACACAAUGUACAAAGUAAUUAUUUGGAUAUAUGAAAUGUUACACUGGAAAUUCACAUGUAAUUAUUAUACAUUUUUAUAUAGAUAUGUGCUUUUUACAAUAAUUAUGUUUGUCAGAAAUGUUUGUACAUGUGUUUUAAUGUAUCUUGUUAAAUUUCUAAAACAAGGUUCACUAGUAUCGAAAAGAUAUCCUAUGUUCGGCUAUUCACUUUUUAGCCUGGUUUCAUAUUUCUCAGAAAUUACCUGCCAUGUUAAAGUUUUUUCUUGCAAAUCAUAUUUAAUUUGACAUUACCAUGAAAAACAAUGUUUUUGUAAGUCUUCAAAAAAUCUUGUGUUUGUAGAGUAUUUUUAAGCUCAACUGUCUGAAUGUAAACUUAUACACCUUGGUGUGGCAUCCAUCCUCAUCAUUCAGAUUUUGCGUUGAAGCCGUCCCAUCACCUUUAGAAGUAUAGAAAAUAAAUUGGACCCCAUUCGUUUUCAAAUAGUCCAUUCACACUAUACUGAGAUGUCCCAUUUAAUCUGAAAAAGGACACUACUAUAAAACACCCAACACAAACUUUGAAUCAUCCUGUUAAAAAAAAUGGUGUUUGAAUUACAGGAUACUGGGAUGAAUAAAGUUUGUUAAAAUUAAUGACCUUGACCUACUUUCAAGGUCACUGGGGGUCAAAUGUGUUGAAAACUUCAGAUGGUUUUUCCUCAAUAACCAAGAACCCAAGCAGAUAAUAUACUAGAUAGGAGGGAUGUAAAAUGUGGAAUCACUGAAAACAUCUUAGUCCAAUAAAUAAAACUUUUCAACAAGGAUUUCUCUUCAUAAGUUGAGAACAGGUGAGUGGUUCAGGUCUAUUGGGGCUCUUUUUUUUUUUUUUUAGACUUGGGCAUUUAUUUGUUAGCAGCAUUAAGACAAGUCAUAAUUGUGUUCAAAGGUAGUCCAACCUUGAUUUCAAAUUGAAUUUCUUCAAUAAGCAAUACUUAUUGUUAAUGAUGUUUGUACAUCAAGUUCAGGCAUCGAAUACAUUGUAGUAGAAAAUUCAAAAAGAAAGAGAGAGAGAAAGAGGAAAAUGUUUUCUCAUAUCAUAAAUAUUUGGGAUUACAUGUACAUAUUUCAAUGUUUUUCCAACAUCAAAUGUUUCAGCAAAAGUCGGAUGCGAAUGGCGCUGUAUACGUACUUCAUUGAUGACAGGAGUAGAGUACAUUAUUGUAGUUGAAAAUGUAUCAGAUUUAAACAAAAAGGAUUUGUACCCAUAAACACACAUACAACAUGUGAUAUAAUGUAUAAAUAUACCUUACCAUCCAUAAGUUCCCAUACAAUUUACAGAAAUUGUUUUGAAAUUCAGUAAAUAUUAUUAAAAUAUUGUGUAUUGUAUUUUUUAUCUAAACUUCCUACCAUGGUAAUGCUUUUAUAGUAUUUCAAUAGUUGAUAGUUAUUGAUGAUCCAAAAAUUCUCAAAAAAUUUUUUUGCAAUAUGACAUCUUUUUAAAAAAAUUGUUAAAAUGAGAACAAACUUUCAUAGGAUAACAUCAUUUAUCGAGUGGGAUGAUAUGUUACAUUUUUCAAAAAAUAAAUGAUUUUUUUUUUUUCUUUUUGGAUAUUUUGAAUAAUAGGUCCCUUGUCACUUGUCACUGACCAAUGAAUACACCUCAAGGAAUUGCAAAGUUUCUGAUUUGCUUAUAAUAUUUCAGCAAGUCAAAAUAGUGUCUGUAGUUCUUACGGAUGGCAUUGUAGUUGGAUUAUACACCUAAUCCUGCAUAAUAGUUCUCAUGCUGGAAAAAAAACUUUCACACUUAGGAUACCGAUUUAUUACUAAAAUAAGACAGGAUAUAGGAUAUGGUUAUAAAGUUUCUUUAUACAGUUUAAUCAUCUCGUGUCGAGAAUCAGCAUGAAAAUAUCUCUUGAAAUUUGUCAGAUUUGCUUUUCCAUGUACCUGGUACAUAUCUUCAGUUAAUUUUGUUUUUGUUAAUUUAUUAGAAAUUAAAACCAAUUUGUACAUUUCUGAUAUUUAAUGGAAUUAUUUGGAGGUUGAUUAUGUAUUCAAUCUAUAAUGUAAAUAUUGGAGGAAAUAAAGGUCAUUUAAUGAUUUAUAAA